AUGGAAGAUUUUCAGAAAAUAACAGAAAAUGAAAAUCAGUUGAAGAAAACAAGUAAGGAAAAUAAUGAUGAUGCACAUGACGAUUUAGAAUUGGAUUUAGAUGAUGACAAUUUGGAUUUGGAUGAUCACGAUGACAAAGAUGAUGCUGAUACCAAUCAUGGAGCUCAUGACGAUGAUGUUGAUGAAGAUGCUAAUGAAGAUGAUGAUAAUGAUGUUGAUCAAGAUGACGUUGCUGUUGUUGAUGAAGAUCAUGUCAAUGAAGAUGAUGUUGAUGACAACGAAGAUGAUGAUGACAGUCAUGAAGCUAAUGAUGAUGAUGAUGUCGAUAAUGAUCCAAACGUGCAGAAUACUGAAGAAACUGUGAAAAAUAAACUGAAUCAAUUUGAACAAGCAUGUGCUGAUCAAGCAAACGAGAAAACGCCUGCUAAAUGUGCAGAAACUCCCAAAGAACAGAAAAAUAAUCUAAGGAAACAACUUGUUUCUGACAUUCCAGUUGAAGCUUUUGAGGCAACAAAGAAUGCUGAAAUAUUUGGAAGAAAAAUUACAAUUUCAUACACUUUAUCUGCUUCACGCCCAAAGAAACGCAAGAAAAGAGCUUGGAAGUAG